AGAACACUCAUUUUUGUCAAUGUUCGGACAAGUAAUCUGUGGCUGUGACGCGCCUUAUCUGCUCUUGUUUACCUAGACGCGCUGAUUUCUCUGCUCGGCAACAAUGGCGCGUCGAAUCGCUGUCCUCAUCUCCGGCUCAGGGACAAAUCUCCAGGCUCUGAUCGACGCCCAGAACACGCCUGCUCUCCCUAAUGCUGAGAUCGUCCUGGUGUUCUCGAACCGAAAGGCAGCAUACGGACUAACGCGAGCAGUCGAAGCGAAUAUCCCGACCGGAUACCUUGCUCUGAAAACUUUCUUGAAUUCUAAUCCGGGCAAAUCACGGGAUGACUACGAUGCAGAGGUCGCUCGGCGCGUUUUUGAGUCGUGGCCGGAUUUGGUGGUCUUGGCUGGAUGGAUGCAUGUGUUCGGUGACGGGUUCUUGAACAUCGCACGAGAUGCGAAAGAUGGGCAAGGUGUACCCGUUAUCAACCUGCAUCCUGCGCUACCAGGAGCAUUCGAUGGAGCCAAUGCCAUCGAGCGCGCCUACGAAGCAUUCCAAAAGGGCGAGAUCUCCCAUUCUGGUGUCAUGGUGCACCGGGUCGUUAGAGACGUUGACCGGGGCGAGCCUCUUAUCGUUCGGGAGAUUGCGUUGACUGCUGAGACUUCGCUCGAUGAUUUUGCGAAGAGAUUGCAUGCCGUGGAAUGGGAGAUCAUUGUUCAAGCAUCAAAAAUGGUUCUCGAAGAAUCGGUCUCCGCUCCGCCGUAGCUUUCAUGAGGGGAAACAAAUGUAGCAUUUAUGUUGUACUCGUAACUUUUUCGUGCGGCGGAAUUCAACGGUCCGAUAUCCCUGCGGCCCGGGCCGAAUUCCAAGCCUGAGUUUCAGGAGCACCAGGUCGUCGCGAUAGAGAACUAGGAUGUCUGGAUGGAGAUGAUGAUGUCUAAUCCGACAGAAGUAUUCUGGCGCGAUCUCAGCUCAAGAAAUGAGAAGAAGGCAGAUGAGAAAACCUUCUGGUUCGCAUGGACCGUGUCAGAAUAUGUGAUAUCUUGACAACCUUUUGCGUGGUGGAAAAAUGCCGGAUCUAGAGCGUGAAUAGGGGCUAUUUUCUUGGGGAGAUAUAAUUGACGUCAGCAAUCGAUGGCCAGAUCCCACAUCUUCUUCCAAACCACUACAUCCUUUCUUGCUCAACA